AUGGCUUAUCAGCAUCCCCGCCAGACGCAUCUUGCCGCUCAUCUCACCUGCGAGACAAGAGCACCUCAGCAUCUGUCGCCACCGGCAGCGAGGAUGAACAAGGAAUAUGUGGAGGUCGCCCGCUCCUUCGGCGCAGAAGCAGCGGGCCCUUCCUACAGAACCCACCUGGGGAACGGAACAUCAAAAAGCUGUGUCAAUGGUAAAUUGGUCAACCCCAAGACUUGUUUGUGCAACCCGUGCUGGGAAGGGGAAAGCUGCACUAAAUACGUGGACCUCUACGCACCGAGGUUCCUGGUGCACGCAGCCACGGCCGUUCUGCCCGUCAACGCCUCGGGUGUGGUCUACCGCGCGUGGAGCACCGACGAGGACCUCGGCCUGACCUGCCCCCUGGGACCCGGCGAGCCCGCGCGCUGCCCCUGCGCCGCCGUCACCUACCAGCUCUUCUCGUCCCCCGGAGACCGUCACUUCGAGCUGGACCCUGCCACGGGCGUGCUCUCCAGGCCCGCCCCUUCGUCGGCGUCGCCUUCCUCGCCGGGGGCCUACGCGCCGCUCCGGACGGGGAAGACAUAUGCGUUCAAGCUGAUGGUGCAAGGUUUACCUCACGAGGACCAGACCGGCGGGCUCCUCUACGACCUCCUCGACCUGAAGAUCUACGUCAGCGCCGACUACACGAGGAAGGUGCCCUGGACUUAACCCACCCCGACCCACCCACCCACCCCCCACCCCAUCGCA